AUGCUCUGCGCGUUCGUCGCCACGGCGCUCGCUGUCUUUGCUUCUGCAGCCCCCGUCACGGUCUACGAUCGCUCCGACUUGAACGGCUACGCGCUCAGCUUGGACGUAGCAGGGCUCACGAACUUGACAAGCAGCUGGCAAAAUGACAUCAGGUCGGUCCAAGUGCAGCCCGGCUACGUCUUUGUGACCUACUCCACGGAACUUUGCGACUUGCAUUUGACGGCUACCAAUGCGCUCUUCUACAUGGAGUGGAUGAGCUCAACACCAACUCUUGGCCGCAUCUGGCAAGCCCAGGCCGAAUCCUACGAGGUGCGCCGGACCAACGACUACCUCGUCGUUGCGGCGCUGUACACCAACGUCAACUACAAGGGCGGCGUGCUGCUGCUCUCGACGGGCCAGAAAACACUCAAAAGUGGUUAUUCCAACCAAAUCUCGUCGAUCAUGGUCGCUCCCGGCUACACCAUGACUGCCUCCAGUGCCGACGGAUCAACAACAACGUUCACGGAAGACUCGAGCAGCCUCAACAGCAUCUGGGACAAAGCCAUCGUUGCCGUGUCGCUCGCUCGCACCAUCACCACGACGCCCGUGGUGACUACACUGCCAUCGGUGACGACAGCCGCGGUGACAGCCUCACCCCGGCCGACAAGUGCACCCCAGCCAACGAGCAUGACGGUGACAGCGACGUCGCAGCCAGCCGCGAUUACGGCGAUAGCUACGCUGCAGCCAGUGAUCACGACGACCAACGACAAUACGACCGUCAUUGUCGGCUGCAGCGCGGCCGUCGUCAUCGCCAUCUUAGUAGCUGUCUUCUUCGUUUUGCGAUCCAAGAAGAACAAGAAGAAGACGACCUCCAUCAGCCUCGUCGAGCCCUUCAUCUCGACCAACCAACAGCGCAACCCCAACGCUGGCCUCAUCGACCUCAGUGGCCUCUACAAGGUCCGCCUCGACCAAGCAAUGCUGCACCUCGACUGCGUCCUCGGCUACGGCUCGUUCGCAGCCGUCUCCAAGGGCUCCUACAACGGCAUUCCCGUUGCUGUCAAGCAACUCCAGAGCAGUCGGCGGUCCAACGCCGACAUUCAGAGCUUCGUCAACGAGAUCGAACUCAUGGCUCGGUUCAACUCGGCCCACAUCAUCAAGCUCAUCGGCGCUGCUUGGACAACCCCGAUGGACUUGUGUGCGGUCAUGGAGCUCAUGGACCAAGGCGACCUCAAGGACUACUUGGCAGCGCAUGACGCCAGCGUGUACACGUGGGCGAUGAAGCUCGAGGCGCUGCGGGGAAUCGUCGACGGUCUCUCGUACCUCCACUCGCUCAACAUUGUCCACCGCGAUCUCAAGUCCCGCAACGUGCUGCUGGACUCGGUCAAAGGCGUCAAGAUCGUCGACUUUGGUGUCGCCAAGGAAGACGUCCAAGGCACCAUGACGAUGGGUGUCGGGACGUUCCGGUGGAUGGCCCCCGAGGUCCUUCUUGAGAGCGCGUACUCGGUGGCGGCCGACAUGUACUCGUUUGGCAUGCUCCUCUCAGAGUUUGACUCGCACCACAUUCCGUACCAAGAUUUGACCAACCCGACGACGGGCAAACCGCUCGCCGACCCUGCGAUCAUCGGUGGCGUCUUGAACGGCUCGACCAAGCCGACGUUCAGCGAGACGUGCCCACUUUGGGUCAAGACGUUGGCCGACGCGUGCCUUCAGUUCCGAGCAGUCGACCGCCCAACGAUCUAUGACGUGGCAGCAACGUUGGCCAAAGUCCAAGUGACCUGA